UUGCCCUUAAGACAGACCAUCAUGUUCAGCUUCAAAGUAAAUAAUCAGCCACUCGGUAUAGUAACGAUAUUCAUUGCCAUCUUGACCUCCGUCGGAGGUAUGAUCUUUGGUUAUGAUACCGGACAAAUCUCCGAUAUGCUUCUCAUGGACGAUUUCUUAGAAAGGUUCUCGGACACCGUUGACUGCACCAGCGGUGAAUGUCAACUCAGUUUCACAAGGGUUAGAGAAGGUCUUAUUGUUUCUUUGCUCUCCAUCGGUACACUCUCCGGUGCACUUUUUGGUGCUCCACUCGCGGAUUACCUCGGUAGAAGAUGGGCGAUGUGUAUCGAAUCCAUCGUCGUCACCAUAGGAUUUAUCGUACAAAUAACCACUUUCACCGUAUGGCAACAAAUCGCUGUUGGUAGAUUCAUCUCUGGUUUGGGUGUCGGUGCGCUCUCGGCAGCCGUCCCAAUGUACAUGUCAGAGUGUGUCGUUGCUGCUUUCAGAGGUACAGCUGUCGCUUGUUACCAACUCAUGAUUACAUUCGGUAUCUUGAUGGCAUACUGUUUCUGUUAUGGUACUCGUGAACUCUACAGUGACGCCAGUUGGAGAAUCAUCGUCGGUUUGGGUAUCGUUUUGACAUUCAUUCUUGGUACUCUUGUUUGGUUCUUACCAGAAUCUCCACGUUGGCUCAUGAAGAACAACAAAGUUGAUGAGGCCAGACAUGCACUUGAGAGAAUUAGAGGUGCAAAGACUGACUUCGACAGAACUGUCGUCGAACAUGAUUUCUUGGAAAUCGCCAAGCGCAUUAAAAUGGAACAACAGACUGAGACUUCUUUCUGGAGAUCAUGGUUGGAAUGUUUCAUUGGUCAUCCUGGCACUUCCAAGCUUGUCUACCGUACUAUAUUAGGUAUGGUUUUACAAAGUUUGCAACAACUUACAGGAGCAAACUACUUCUUCUAUUAUGGUGCAACUAUCUUCCAGUCCGUCGGUAUUGAAGAUUCAUUCAUUACUCAGAUUAUCCUUGGUGCAGUAAACUUUGGUUGUACCUUCUUCGGUUUAUACGUUAUGGAAAACUUUGGUCGUCGUCAACCAUUGAUGUGGGGUGGCUUGUGGCAAAGUAUCUGGUUAUUCGUCUUCGCUGCCGCAGGUACUGCUAAAGAUCCUGAACAAGAUUCAAAUAUUGGUAAGCUUAUGAUUGUUUCUGCAUGUUUGUUCAUUGCGGGAUAUGCAUCAACUUGGGGUCCUGGUAUUUGGAUUAUUACUGGUGAAACCUUCCCAAUGAGAACCAGAGCUAGACAAGCUGCCAUCGCAACUACAGCUAACUGGACAUGGAAUUUCCUUAUUUCAUUCUUUUCACCGUUCAUCACAGGUGACAUCAACUACGCUUACGGUUUCGUCUUCGCCGGAUGCAACCUUUUCGGUGCAGUUUUCGUUUACUUAUUCCUUUACGAAUCCGCUGGUCUCUCACUUGAAGCGGUCGAUGAAAUGUACUCAACUAAGGGUCUCAAAGCAUGGCAAUCUGAAAAGUGGACUCCAGAAGGAUACGAACACAGAAGAGACGUUAUGGAACAAUCAAAGAUUAAUACCUACCAAAAUGAGAAUGCAGAUGGAAAGAGAUUCGAAGACGAGGAAGAUGAAAGAAUCUCACAACCAUCUGUCCACAAUGAGAAUGCCACAAAAGCAUAAAAGUCAUUUCAUUAAACUCACUAUGGGAUAUAGAUUAACCAUUAAGUUGGACAAAUUAUUUCAAUUUUUUCAUUUUUCAAUUCAAUUUCUAAAACAAUGCGUCGUUUUAACUACUUGUAAUAGAAACCUACUUUCUCGCAAUAAAUACUUAAUUCUUGUACUAA